CGACAGAGAGCUAUUUAACUGCAUGAGUUGAAGCUUGGACACACACAUAAUCUGCAGCACUAUGACGAUUAGAGAACCACAGAUGAAUUUAAAACUGACUGAGCCCUCAGGGCCGGUCCAUGGCCUCACCGCAGCUUGGACCAACACUAAGAAUCUGGCCACUUACAGGAACUUCAAGUCUGGAUUGCUCCAGGAACGGGUACUGAACACGUAUCGGCUGAUGCACACUAACCAGACAGUGGAAUUUGUUACCAAGAAGAUUGCACGAUGGGGCUCAUGUUCACAGGCUCAGAUGACAGUGAUGGAAGCUCUUCAAGCACUUGAUCAGAUAGUGGAUGAAUCUGAUCCUGAUGUUGAUUUUCCAAAUUCUUUCCAUGCCUACCAAACAGCAGAAGAAAUUCGGAAGGUCUAUCCUGACCUGGACUGGCUCCAGCUGGUUGGGUUGCUGCAUGAUAUUGGGAAAAUCCUCACUGUCUGGGGGGAGCCGCAGUGGUGUGUGGUUGGAGACACCUACCCAGUUGGAUGCAAGUUUCGGGAUUCUAUUGUUUACAGGGACUCAACAUUUUCAGACAAUCCAGAUCUUAAGGACCCUAGAUACAACUCGCUUUAUGGGAUGUACGAACCUAACUGUGGGUUGGACAAAGUACUGAUGUCAUGGGGACAUGAUGAAUAUCUGUACAAUGUGCUGAAAACUAAUGGGUGCAAACUUCCUGAAGAGGGACUGUAUAUGGUCCGCUUCCAUUCAUUCUACCCCUGGCACACAGAGGGAGAUUACAUGCAUCUUUGUAACAGCAAAGACCUGCAAAUGCUUCAAUGGGUUAAAGAAUUUAACAAAUUUGAUCUGUACACCAAGUGUGAUGACUUGCCUGAUGUGAAGACAUUGCAGCCCUACUAUCAGAAACUAAUUGAUAAGUAUUGUCCAGGGAAACUGCGCUGGUAACCAGCAGAAUGUAUUCAACAUCAAAUCAGUGCCGUAGUCUUGGAUCAACGGCUUCAGAACCAGAAUAAGUUUUGCAAAUUGGCUAAAAUGAUGACUUUCACUCAAAAUAGCUGUUGAACCUGAAUCAAACACUUUACUAUGUAAAGCUGGAUUCCAACUUCAGGACAGGAUCUAUCGAUUUAAUCUGAGUAUGAAUUCUAUGGAUCAGACACACAUCCCAUUGAUCUAUACGUUCUAAUUUUAAAUAACUGUUCUGUGCACCUGUAAUCCAUCCUGUGGAGUGUUCCAAUGCUGUUGUAAUAGAGAAUGAAUCACAUCCAGUUAUUCUGUUUUUCACAACAUCA